GGAUCAGCUCGUGAGCCUGCAGGCCGGGGACGAGGUCGCGAUCAUCCCGCCGCUCAGCGGAGGAUAAGCAUUCUGAAAAGUUAUGAAUGACGGAGACGGGGAUCCACAGGACAUUGUCAAGCUGACCCAUGACAAGCUGUCAGCAGAUGCGGUAUCUGAAGCAGUGGUGUGUCCAUCCUGUGGAGCAGUCUCCAUGUUCAUUGGCACCACAAGGAACAAUUUUGAGGGAAAGAAGGUUGUCCAGCUUGAGUAUGAAGCAUAUGUCCCAAUGGCGGAGUCACAACUAAAGAAGAUAUUCAAAGACAUAAGAGACAGAUGGACAACUGUGAGGCAUAUCUGUGUUCAUCACAGAUUGGGUGUUGUCCCAGUGACAGAGGCCAGCGUCAUCAUCGGUGUCUCCUCUCCUCACAGGAGGGAGUCUCUGGAGGCAGUGGCGCACUGCAUUGAGGCCCUGAAAGCUAAUGUUCCAAUCUGGAAAAAAGAGAUCUAUGAAACUGAAGGUUCUGCUUGGAAGGAGAACAAGGAGUGUCUGUGGGCUGGGAGUGGCCAGAAGUAACAACGGAGAAUGUAAACAACAUAUACAUCUAUAUGUCUGUACAUCACUGUGGGCUGUCAUGUGUGGUUACUGAACAUGUUAAAUUGAUAAGAAAUAAAAUAUGGUGUCAAUGUGCCAAUGUUUGCAUUCUGCCAACAGUAACAAAAGCUUGUUGUGUUAACGGCCUAUGGCUUGUGUCAAGCCAAAAAAAUAAAAAAGCCAAUCACCAUUUUGCAUGAACCAAAUUUAUUUACAAUGCAUUUUCACAUCAACUGCAAUAGUUUAA